AUGGAAAGUGUUCUUGACCAACUUAUUGCUGAAUGCAAUGAAGCGAAAACAAAACUUAGUGAAUACAACAAAUAUGAAACAUCAUUUGCUAUAACAGAAGACAAGACCCAACCGUUAGAAAGUCGCCAUAAAGCUGCUAUGUCACUUUAUGAAAAAGCAACAGAAAACAUAGCCAAAUGGGAAUCUUCACAAAACACAUUGAAAAACGUCAGAAAGAUACUUGGUGAACUUACUGCACUUUUCGAUGAUAAGUUGAAUUAUAAUUCAGACAAAACAACUGAGUACAACAAAAUUGUGGAACAUUUGAAAAGUAUAGAACAGGAAAUCACAAAUGAAAGAAUGAAAGAAUUGGAUAGCAAAAUUAUUCCACAACCAAAUGCCAAUACUCAAAAUGAACAAGUUGAUGCACUUCUAUCACAAUAUACAAGUCCACUUGAACGUUCAUUACUUGAGAAGUGGAGUGGUCUUAAAUUCAGAAAGGUUUUGUUUGACAGCACCAAAGACGACUAUGCAGUAAAGACUUCAAUAUUUGGUAAAAGAGUAAGUGAUGUACCUUUUACUUGCUACCUCAUUCAAAGUGAAAAUAAUUGUACCUUUGGUGGCGUUUCUUACAGAGGUAUAUUUAAUGAUCCAUAUCAAAGCUCCCAAAUAAUCGAUAUCAACGCAUUUGCUUUCAAACUUGAAGGUGAAAAAUCUGAAAGAUAUCUUGCCAGAGGAAAUAUGGUUGAAUUUGCUAUUCACAUGACACGACCACAAGACGAAGGAGAAUUAUUCAGUCUCUUUUCAAAUACAAUACUUAUUAUGAAGAAAGGAAAUCCCAGAGGAAAAUGCACCUCAAAGAUUCCAGGAAUGCCAUAUGGUAAACUCUGUGACGGUGAUAACUUCAUUUUAAAGAAGUUUGCCGUCUUUCAAUUGGAUAUUUAA